GAAUGUGAAUAGUUACUGACAAUAAAUAACACAGAAACUAUUUGGUGAAAUCUGCACAGUUCAUAUCUUAUUAUGGACUGGGACAUACCCAAAAGUGAUGCUUAAAUGCUGCAUGAUCACAGCAACAUGCAUCAAGUGUGAUAGUUCAUUUUGUUCAUGAUGACCAGGACUGUUAUUAUGUUGACUGACAGCAAGAUAGACCAAUCGGUUCAUGUACAAGCCUGUUAGAGUUGUGACGAAUAAAUAUCAGUGAGUGUGAAAGAAAUAUAGAGGAAGUAGAUAUGUGUGGCAAACUCUGCCAUGCAGAUGCUGAAGAUCAACCAUCGAAUAAACAGGGGCACUGACAGCUGAAGUAACAGAGUCACGAUAUUUUCACUGAGGAUUUUCAAAAUGAGGACUCUUCUUCUGCUUCUCCUCUCACUGAUGACAGGCUGUGUGGCCUCAAAGUACAUAGUGAAAGGAUGCGAAGGAGGAUGGGUUGAAUUCACGUGUAGAUACCAAAAUAAUGAGUACUAUCCUAAGAUUGUUGUAGACAUUCCAAAAGCAGCCAAAGACAUACAAAUUACUCAAAGGGAUGUGUGGAAACAAGAAGGCAACAUUUCCCUGUAUCAUGAUACAACAAAUAAAAAACUCAGGGUGGCCAUCAAACAACUUCAAAGUAAGAACGUUGGGGAUUACGAGUGUAAAUUUUACCUAGAAGAGAAUGACCGUGAGGAACAGGAGGAGACUGAAGUUGAAGUUGAGAGAGACAGAGACGACUGCCAGAAACCAUUUACCCAAACUGUGUACAGAACGGCUAAAACCACCAUCACAUGUAAUUAUCCAGGAAAAAGAGUUAAGUCUGAUGUCCUGUUUUUCUGCAAAGAGAACAAUUUCACCUGUGAGGACAUCUUAUCAACUGAAUCUUCUCCAAAGUCAAGCGAGACAUUCACUCUCACAAAAACCAACACAGGCUUCAACGUGUCCAUCAGUAAAGUAUCCUCACAUCAUGCUGGUGUCUACUGGUGUGGAGUAAAGUCAAAUGAAGGACGUUACCGAGCUGGAUUCACAAAAAUACAACUACAAGUUAAAACAGGUGACUCUCGGUUAACAAUCAUUGCUGUAGUCGUCUGUGUAGCUCUGCUGGCACUUCUGCUUUUUCUGGUUCUCCUCUACAAACGACGUGAACAUACAAAAAACACCAGGAAUGAAGACGCACAGAACGACAACGAGGAGGCUGCCUACGCAGAGAUACGGGAGCGCCCCCAGCUGCCAGAUUCAGAAACUGCAGUGAAAACGAUCUACACCACUGCCAACUUUCCCACAAACAGCUCUUCUGCCUCACACGACGACCCCAACACACACACCUACUCUACUGUGCAGGACACUUCACACCAACAUCCCACCUACUCAACUGUCAAUCACCCAUCAGGAUUUUCUGAAAACCCUUUCUAUUCGACCGUCAACAACCCACAACACACUGAAAAGUCCUGACAGUUUUCACUUCAUUCAUUUCUGACUUUACAAAUCACAGGAUUCAUGAUAUUAUUUACUUUGUUUGAUUCAAGGUUUAGACACAAGGAGUCACCAGUUCAUCAACUACCGUCUCAAAAAGCACCACAGAAUUAAACCUCUGAAUGAUAUUUUUUUUUAAAGUUAAUAUGAUGACAGUGUGUAAAAAAUACAUCAUUUUAUUCAAUAAUCUGGCAGACUUUCAACAACUGUAGCUAUUUCUGUUGUUGCUUUUGCUUUUUGCUGCACCGUGGUGUUAUGGUCAGAGGUUCAGGGAUAAAAUAGAUAUCUGUACAUAAAUAACUUAAAUCUAGUCUAAAACCUAAAAUGCUCACACUAUUUUCUUGUCUUAUCUUCAAAAAAAAAAGAAGAAAAAAAAAAGAUAUUUACACAAAUUACGGCUGUAUUUUCCUGUUUUAUUGUAUCCCCUUAACCACCGCUAUAACCAAAUACUAUGAGAACAUCAUUAAAAAAUCUGAAUGAACUGAUGUUAAUGUAUUAUAUGUACAGUAUACACCAUGUUCAGUGUUAUGCAGCAUCUAGUUGUUUCAUAAUUAAAAGAUUAUUCUUAAUCAUUUCUAUUUUUAUUUGUACUUUUAUUCUUACUGUUGUACAGUUGAUACUCAGUGUGUUAGAUCAAUGCUACGUGUUUCUCAUGACGAUGGAAUAGAGUGGACAUGAUUGCUUGAUAGAAGUAUAACUGCAUUUGCAUCUCCUCGUGUGUUUUCUCGUUUUAUAUGUCAUGAGUGAUGUUUGUGAUUUUAUGUGUUUAAAAAAAAGAUUAAAUUUUUUUGACAAA